AUGUGUGGCACCGACUUUGGGGGCGAGUGUUUGGGGGCUAAAAGUGUGAUCAGCGCCGGCAUCAUAAACAUGUCAACGGGAACGCCAGACGGGGGAGCGAAGGGCGAGGGGGGCGACGCCUCCGAGUAUAUAAAGCUGAAGGUCGUGGGCCAGGACUCCAAUGAGAUCCACUUCCGCGUCAAGAUGACCACUCAGUUCGGUAAACUCAAGAAGUCCUACAGUGAACGGGUGGGCGUACAGGUGGGGUCUCUCCGGUUCCUGUUUGACGGCCGUCGCAUCAACGACACGGACACACCGAAGCUCCUGGAGAUGGAGAACGACGACGUGAUCGAGGUUUACCAGGAACAGAGUGGCGGUCAUCUUGGUCAGCACGUGGUGGCCCGAGCGUGAAGUCGUGUGUCUGUGACGCCAUACCAAUGGUUUAGUUUGCGUUCAAUUAUAGACACAAAUUUGCGUUUGAUUUGAAUGAAUGAUAAUUUUUUUUAUUUGAUUAUUAUUUUCAUUGAUUUGUAUUAAUAUUAAAUUAUUUGUCAAUUGUUUUUCUCGAAGGCA